AGAGAUUUAUAGUAUGAUAAUAUAAACGCAUACAACUGUAAAUAUGUUAGUGUAUAAUUUAUCAGUAAUCAGAUUUUUAUGUUCAAUGUUUCACAUCAGUCGUGCUAGAAGUUAGUUCUGAGAGGUCUUUAGGUCAUAAAAUACGGCAAUACUAUUUUUUAAAAUAUAUUUUUUUCUUUUUUUUAUUAUAAAUAUAACGUUAAAAUAUAUUUUAAACGAAACAUAAUCAAAUCAAUUAAAUUAUUUGUUUUAAUAAGGAAACCUAAUAAUUUCAAAUAUUUAUAAUGUUUAUUUCAUUAGGACUAUGCUUUGCCAUUAUAUUUUAUUCCAAUGCACAAACUCUACACUAUGUUGUUGCAAAUAAUAAUAUAAUUAGUCAACAACAACAACAAUAUUUAGCUGUACAAAAUGAUUUACAAAGCAAUAUUAAUUAUAAUAAUUAUAUAAAUCGAACAAAUAAUAAUAACAAUAAUAAUGAAUUAAAUGAUAAACUUUAUAGUAAUAACAAUGAUAGAAAUUUCAAUAAUAAUGAUAGAAAUGAUGGUUUAUUAAUUCAAACUCAAGAAAAAAUACGUCAAAGAAUACCAGAAAAACAAUUUAAUGAACCAAUUGAUAAAAAUUCAUUUACAACUUCAAUACCACAAGGAUCUCCUGUUUUUGCAGAUUCUUUAGGUACCCAACAGAAUAUACCAGUGAAUGAUCGUUCUCCAGAAUCAGUACAACAACAACAAGAACAACAAAAACCGUUUUCUAAUAAUAAUAAACCGGAUUUACAAAAACCAAUAAUACAAGAUGAUUUUUCAGAUAUUUUAAAUUCAUAUCAAAAACCAAUAAUUCCAGAAUUCAUUCCAGAUUUUGUUACCAAUUCAGAAUAUAUAGGAGAUAGUUUUGAUUGGGCACUUUUAAAGCGUAUUUUAGCAAAGGAUUCAUCAAAAAAUAUAAUUAUAUCACCAUUUUCUAUUAAGUUAGUGUUAAGUUUAUUAUUAGAAGCUGCUGGUAACAAUACAGAUACACAAAAGGAACUUUUAAAUGUUUUGGGAUUAAAUGACAAAUAUAUUGAUGAUGUUAUUAAAAAUCAAAAUUUAUCCAAAUAUUGGAAUCGGACUAUUGAAGCAUUAUUGAAAAAAGAUGCCAGUUAUGAUUUGUUAUUUGGCUCACAAAUAUUUGCUGACAAUGUUGUUGAUCCAACAUAUAAAUAUAGGUCGAUACUUGAACGUUUUUACCAUACCGGUAUAGAAAUAUUACCAUUUAAAAAUUCUUCUGCUAGUGCUGACACUAUUAAUCUUUGGAGUGCUAAUGCUACAAAUGGACAUAUUAAAAAAAUUGUAACAGAGGAACAAUUGAAAAGUGCUGUUAUGUUAAUAUUAAAUGCAAUUUAUUUUAAAGGAAAAUGGAAAUAUAGUUUUGAUAAAGACGAAUCAUUUGUAGAUAAAUUUUAUUAUGAGGCUACAAAAUCAAAUAACGUUGAAUAUAUUACAAAACGUGAUUAUUAUAAUUUUAUGGAUUCAAGUAAUUUGGAUGCAAAAAUUAUUCAAAUACCAUAUGAGGGUGAUAGAUUUCAAUUAACAAUACUAUUACCAAGAUCUAAAGAUGGAAUAAAUGAGCUUAUACAUAACAUAAACCCAACAAUUUAUAAAAAUUUAGAAUGGAGUGCCGAUGAUGAGACAGAAGUUAAAUUAACAAUACCGAAAUUAAAUUUUGCAUAUGAAACAUCAUUAAAGGAUAUUCUAAUGUCGAUGGGGGUUCAAGAAAUAUUUAGUGAUCAAGCAUCUCUGGCUUUAAUUGAUAGAGGAGAACGUGUUAAAGGUGUAUUAAAGGUCAGUGACAUAUACCAAAAAUCUGGUUUACAACUCGAUGAAACUGGUACAAUAGCUUAUGCUGAAACAGUGGCUGCUAUUGAGAAUAAAUUUGGAGGCGGCAUAGAAGAUUUUAACGCAAAUCGGCCAUUUUUAUUUUUUAUUCAAGAUAUCAAAGAAAAGAAGAUUUUGUUUGCCGGAAAAAUUGUCAAUCCAUUACAAUAAGACAAUAAUAUUUUUAUAGUUUACAAUAAAAUCUACUUUUGUACUUAUGCGACUGAAUUAAGAAUAUGAAAAAUUUAUUAAAAUAAUCAAAAAUAAUUAUACAUAACUAUAUACCUUAAAUAAA